AUGUGAGCACAACCAGGUGUCCGCUAAAGCUCCGUCCUCAACAUCCUGACUGGAGGUUUCAGCUCCUCACAGCCGAGCGGACCUGGCCACAGGCUGCCCGGGUCUUCGCCGACCACCAGCAGCCUCUUUAACGUCUUUCACGAGUGGGAAACCGGGGUUUGGAAACCGUCGCUCAUGUGCAUGUGCUCACCCGUGUAUUUGUGGGGAUAAGGACGGGAGGACCGAGCGAUGUCUGGUCCGGGUUUCACAAACCUCAACAGUUCUGUCAGCUUCAGCCAGAACUCAACGCCGAACGGAGGAGCUGCGCCCCCCUAUCAAAAUGGUCCACUGCAGACCUACCCAUCCAUGUAUCCACCUGCAGGCUACUAUGGAGCCCCACCUCAACAACAGAGCUACCCCACCAUCCCUGCUCAUCCCACCUCUGCUACCAGCAAAGCACCAAUCACAGACAGUGCUAACUAUUACCAAAACAACCAUCAGCAGCAGCGACAGCACCACCUUCCUCAGCAUCACAUAGCACCAUCUCAAUACAGCACUCCCCCAGGUUCUGCCCCUCCAUCCCAGCCUUAUGCCACCCUCUCGUCUGCAGCAAGUCCACUGUCUAAUGCCCAGUAUAGCCAACAGCCAUUCGAGCAGCAGCAAGCACCCUAUGCCACUACAGGAUCCUACUAUGGGCCGCAGUCAUUCCAAGCAUCCCCAGCACAUCACCAUCAGCAGCAGCAUCCCAGUUUGAUUACAGCACCACCUGAUGGACCUGGCGCCCCCCUCCAUCCAAUUGUUUCAUAUCCAUCUCCUCCAGGAAGUAGCCAGUAUGGUACCCUCAGUUCCUCCCAGAAAACCUCUACACCUGGGGCCAUGCUCACCCAAAUGGGUGCACCCUUGCAUCAGUUUAGCACUGCACCUCCACCCUCCACAACAGCUGUGCAGCCAAGCUAUGGAGUGGGUUCUCACAGGCAAAUGACACCAACUGUCAAUGGUCAAGGAGGCACAGCCCAAAACAGUGUCCACCAACACUAUGACCAAACCCUUCAGGCAUCUCACAGCUACAGUGGGGUCACAGCAAGCAGUGGUGGUGCAGAAGGAGGCGGACCACCCUCAGGAACUCCCUCCACUUCAGUCCAUUCUUCCCCCAGCCACCACCAAGGCAUGCAGUAUGGAUAUGUUGCUAAUAGUGGAGCUAGCUCAGCCUCUGCCACCACCUCAGACCCAGCAGCAGCCCCCUUGUCAUCCAGCUCUGAUGACGAUGAGGAGGAGGAUGAGGAUGAGGAAGCAGGCGGUGACACUUCCUCUUCCACGACUGGCAGUGCCUCUCCAGUUCCCAACCGCUAUGAUUCCCUGGAAGGCGGCAGCUAUCCAGAUCCCAUGCCACCUUCCAACGAUAUGACCAACCAGGCUCAGUCCUAUGGUAGCUAUGGUUACCAAAGCAUGCAGACAACCUAUCAACAGGCACCAGCCUCCCUCACGGACACCUCCCCCUCCCACAAUCUGUACAGCCAGUCUGGCUACCAGCAGUACUCUCAGCCACCUUUCCCCAGUCUUUCCCAGCUCUCUGCAGCCCUGGGGGGGCUGAGCGGAGUGCCAGAGCUGGAGGUGGAGGCCCUGAGGCCAGUCAACCUGCUGCAGGAGAGGAAUCUGCUGCCCCCGAGGCCCUUGGAGGCCCCUGAACCCAACCUCAGUCCUGAUCUGAAGAAGGUCAACUGCAGUCCACAGACGUUUAGGUGUACCCUGACCAGCAUUCCACAAACCCAGGCUUUACUCAACAAGGCCAGACUCCCUCUGGGCCUCCUCCUCCACCCGUUCAGAGACCUGCAGCAACUACCAGUGAUCACAUCCAACACAAUAGUGCGCUGUCGGUCCUGUCGAACCUACAUCAAUCCGUUUGUCACCUUCCUGGACCAACGCAGGUGGAAAUGUAACCUCUGCUACCGUGUCAACGAUGUACCAGAUGAGUUUAUGUACAACCCAGUGACAAGGUCAUAUGGUGAACCACACAAGAGGCCAGAGGUCCAAAACGCCACCGUAGAGUUCAUCGCAUCCUCAGACUAUAUGCUGCGACCUCCACAGCCAGCGGUCUAUCUAUUUGUACUCGAUGUGUCUCACAAUGCCGUGGAAGCAGGAUACCUCAAGUACUUCUGUGAAUCACUUCUUGAGAACCUGGAUAAGAUGCCCGGAGAUACACGCACCAGAGUGGGUUUCCUCACCUUUGACAGCACCAUCCAUUUCUACAACCUCCAGGAGGGACUGUCCCAGCCACAGAUGCUGGUGGUGUCUGACAUCGAUGACAUCUUUAUCCCAUCUCAUGACAGUUUGAUGGUGAACCUAAAGGAGAGCAAAGAGCUGGUGAAAGACCUGCUGACGUCACUCCCAGGCAUGUUCAACCAGAGCAGAGAGACCCACAGCGCCCUCGGUCCUGCUUUACAGGCCGCCUUCAAGCUCAUGUCUCCCACCGGGGGGCGCGUCACUGUGUUUCAGACUCAGCUGCCGACGCUGGGUGCUGGGAAGCUGCAGUCGAGAGAAGACCCCAACCAGCGCUCGAGCACUAAGGGAGUCCAGCAUCUCGGUCCUGCCACAGACUUCUAUAAGAAACUUGCACUGGACUGCUCAGGACAGCAGAUUGGAGUGGAUCUUUUCCUGCUUAGCUCCCAGUAUGCCGACCUCUCCUCGCUGGCUUGCAUCUCCAAGUAUUCAGCUGGCAGUGUCUUUUACUACCCCUCCUUUCAUCACAUCCACAAUCCGGCCCAGCUGGAGAAAUUCCAGAGGGACCUCGAGCGCUACCUCACUCGAAAGAUCGGCUUUGAGGCAGUCAUGAGAAUACGAUGCACUAAAGGUUUAUCCAUCCAUACAUUCCACGGUAACUUCUUUGUGCGCUCCACUGACCUGCUGUCCCUCGCUAAUGUGAACCCAGACUCUGCCUUCGCUGUCCAGAUGUCAAUUGAAGACUCCCUGGCGGACUCGUCUUUGGCCUGUUUCCAGGCUGCUUUGCUGUACACAUCCAGUAAAGGAAAGAGGCGAAUCAGAGUCCACACGUUGUGUCUGCCAGUCGUCAGUCAGCUGAGCGACGUGUAUGCCGGAGCUGACGUCCAAGCUAUCACAUGUCUGCUAGCCAACAUGGCCAUUGACAGAUCAAUAUCAUCCAGUCUGUCGGAUGCCCGGGACGCUCUGGUGAACGCUGUGGUGGACUUUGUCAGCGCCUACAAGAUCAACGUGUCGAACAUGCAGCAGUCUGGACUUGUCGUCCCUGCAGUCAUGCGGCUCUUCCCCCUCUACAUCCUCGCUCUACUCAAACAGAAAGCGUUGCGGACAGGCACCAGCACACGGCUGGACGAGCGCGUCUCCGCCAUGUGUGAGUUUAAGACGCAGCCGCUGCAGCAGCUGAUGCGGAUGGUUCAUCCUGACCUGUACAGGCUGGACAACAUGUCAGACCAGGGGGCGCUCCAUCUGAACGACACCAUAGUUCCUCAGCCUCACCUGCUCCACCUGUCUGCUGAGAGGCUGAGCAGAGAUGGAGCUUACCUCAUGGACUGUGGCGAUGUGUUUUAUUUGUGGAUCGGCAAGUGCUGCAAUGAAAUGUUCAUCCGAGAUGUUCUGGGCUGCCCCAACUACCCCUCAAUACCCCCCAACAUGAGUCACAUCCCUGAGCUGGAGACAACCCUGUCUGAGAGGGUGAGGGCGUUUCUCGACUGGCUGCAGGACAACCGAGCGUUCAGCUCCACCAUUCACAUCAUCAAAGAUGAUGCUUCAGCAAAGGCCACCUUGUUCCAGCACCUGCUGGAGGACCGGUCUGAAUCUGCUUCAUCCUACCAUGAAUUCUUGCAGCACCUUCAGCAGCAGAUGUCCAAGUAGGCUCCCAUCACACUGAGAGAAAGUCUGGCCAACACAUUCCUGGAAGCAGAGUGAGAACAGACUUUUGGCCUCAUAGAGUGACAACUAGUGUUAGCCGGUGGUCGAUGCUCGCCUCCCUCUGAGAUGUUUUAGUGAGGACGGUUUCCUCCCCCAUUUCGUUUGGACCGGCUCAUACGGGGGGAAAAAUUCCAACAUUGAAGCUCAUUGAUCAACAGCUUGGGUGUCAGAGGGGGAGGAAGGGGUAGCUUUAGAAGGAAAAGAGUUUAAGAAUAAAAUAAAUGAAUGGAUGAAAGAUCAAGGGGACUUGUUACAAAUUGAAUCAUGGGAAAUACUCCUGCAGCAGCUGCUUGCUGCCUUUAAACCACUGUUGAACAUGUUCAGCCUCUCAUACAAUUCAUCGCUCCUGAGAAGAGAGGAAGGAAAGUCAAGCCAAGAAGAUGCCACUUCAACACGUUUAGUUCAUUUCGUCCUUGUGAGCCUAACAUGUAGCUUGUGCUGUGUGAGAGUUUUAUUUCCUUUUUUUUUCUUUUAUUAAUGAAUCCCCUUCCAUUUGUUUCAUUUUCAACCUCAUUUGAAUACACUGGAGAACCGGAGCAAGGAUUUGGCAUGCGCUUUAAAGUUCGAAACGCAUGUCGCAGUUUUGUUUGCUGCUGGUCGGGUGACAGACGAUGGCCAUGCGGGAAACGUGAUUCGAUCGGAUGUUUAAAACAUCCGUCAGCUUCAUCUCUUCCGCUCCACUGAACAAAUUUCUGACUCGUCAGGCUCAAACGUCCACCCAAUCGGCAAUCUUCUCUUCUUGUUUUAUUUUUCCAGGCGCCAAGUGAAGUCACUAUCUACUUUGUAACUACUGAAAAGAAUCUUUUAUGUGCGAUAAUUUAUGAACCAGCUUAUUAAAUAAAAACAAAAACAGAA